UAUAUUAUUUUUCUUUUUAAACAAUUCUACCGUUUUUAACUUUAACCGAUUGUACUUGAAGAUAAACAACAAUGACACGUGCAUAACACUAGUCGACGCGACGGUUCACUGAUCACAUUGUUAGUAUUUUUUCCAGGUAGAAAAUAAAAGAGAUAAUGCACAAACAUGUAGAAAGUACUGCAGAGUGGGGUUGCCCCCACUAUGUAUGGUAGAAUGUUUGAUUGUGUGAGACGCUAUAAUUGUCACCGUAUCGCCAAUUUUAUACUAUUAACUCGCGGAUUUAUAGUGCACCAUGAUAACUGCUACAUUCGUCAGUGAAAUUUGCUUCGAAAACUUAGCUUUUUAGUUAGUUAAAACGGUAUGUUACGGGGCCGUGUUCAACCAAGGUUUCGUCUUCACAAACAUCAAAGGAUCAAGAAUAAUCGCAUUAUCAUAUAGCAGUAAGAGAAAUAUUAGAAAGAAAAUUUUUUGAAGUUUUCCUUCAAUUAAAUUGAAGAGAAUCGUCUUGUAAGACAAGGGUUUAGGAAGCAACCAACUCAGUUAAAGAAUUCUGCAGUAGGAAGAUCAGGAUAAAAAGGAUUGCUGAUUAGAGUUCAUUUUGCAAAUGACUGUUUGGCGGAAAUUGUUUGGCAAAUACCUCCUGGUCACGAAUACGGUGAGCUGUGGUUUGAUGAUGGCGACAGCAGACAUUUUUCAACAACGCAGCGAACACUGGAAGAGAAACGGCAACUAUUUCCCAGGUGGAAGCCACGUAAUGGCAGCAACUCUGGAAGCUGAUCAUGAGGAGUUCAGCAACCUAGUGGCUUCUGGCAAAGAAAUGUACGUGCACGAUUAUGUGCGAACUAAGAAUAUGACAACCGUGGGUCUGGUUCAAGGUCCUUUUCAUCAUUGGUUCUACAUGCUCUUGGAUAAAGUAUUACCCGGCAGAAACGCAUUAUCCGUCGUUAAAAAAACCUGUAUCGAUCAAACCAUAGCAAGCCCCACAUGUUUGGGUAUAUUUUUCAUUGGUCUUGGAAUAUUGGAACACCGCAAAAUCGAGGAGAUCUGCCAAGAACUAAGACUGAAGUUAUACGACACGUGGAAAGUUGAUUGCUGCUUUUGGCCUCCGACGCAGUUUGUGAAUUUCUUCUUCAUACCCUUCCGGUACCGAGUGCUAUAUACAAAUUUCAUGACCAUGAUCUACGACGUUUUCUUAUCUUAUAUGAAAUAUGACGCUGAAUACCAGUAAUGAGAAAUCUCAGGGCUAGUCCAACCGAAACGAUCGUACAAAUCAUUACGGUUCUAUUCAUUUUUUCAUUCAUCAAUUAUUAAUCAUCUAUAACUGUAAACAUAAGACUAUAAGUUUACAAAUGUAAAAAUAAGUAUGUAAUAUAACCAAAGUAUACAAAGCAAUUUUGUUUUACUUGUGAAUAAAGAAUGUUACACAAUUCCGUUAUCGUGUUUGGGAAUCAUUGGUAUCCUUAUAGUUAGACGCGACUAUACGAUAACGUUAAGCGCAAUAACUUCUGCAUGCGUUCGGUUACAUUGCGAUUGAUAAGAAUUAAGAUAAAAAAAGGGAAAGCAAAACAUAGCAUCCUAAUACAUUUGUUUUGCUAUCAUGCAAGUACGAAGUAUUCUUAUCAAUAUAAUACUGGGAAUUAAUAGCUCAACUCGUAUGAAGUUAUUAAAAUUCAUUUUAGGCUUUGUGCAAACUUCAUAUAAAUAUAUAUAUAUAUAUAUAUAUAUAUAUAUUUCAUUAAUGUUCCAUAAUUAUGAUUAUUGUAGACCUUUUUUCUGAACAAGACUAAAAUUAUAGACACAAACUUGACAUAAAUACGCGCAUAGAGCUCGUUUUGAUUUUAUUAUUAAAUUAUUAAAAGUCUAAUCAAUAAAUUAAAUAUAUAUUGUGUAAAAAACAAUACUUCCUUUAUUACGGAAAUAUAAUUAAAAUUAGAAAACGAUAAGUCGUAAACAAACAAACGAUUUCUAUUGCGACAUAGCUUUUCAUAAAGUCCGAUUUAGGAAUAUGUACGGGUAUCUGGCAGUUCUGUUUAUUGUUUCACUCGGUUUAUUGUUUGUAUUUACAUUCAACUGAUCGCUAUUUGCUCGCUGGCGACUGUCGGCUUAGAAGACUUUGUAAUCCCGUUGCCGCCGAAUGUCAAACAAAAGCUGUCACCCUAAUAAACAACUUCCUUUCAAUGAACGGUUGUAACCAGUGAUAACAAAACUGAACAAAAAUUCCAUCAAGAUGCAUCAGACAUCGACGUGUCUCAUACACGUCAUGCAAAUAAAAUAUUGAUAAGCAUUCUAUUAAAACUCAUUUCAAUCAGAACAAACAUAUAUAUAUAUAU